AUGACCAAUCUCAAUAAACACUCAAAAGAUUCUUUUAUUCUAUGCUCAUGUCUAUCCAAAAAUUGUCUUAAAUUUUAUCGCCUCCCAGGACUCAGAAUUUAUACAAAGAACAAAGUUUUAGAAUUGAUUGAAGAUCGCCGAAACAACAAUUUACUUUCCAUUCAUACAACAAAAGAGAGUAAAAAUGUUAACGUCGCAACAUUAGACAACGACGACAACAUAAAAAGAAAAAUUAGCACCAAUUACAUUCAAUGUUGUGGGUCCACUAUGUAA